AACACUUAGUCUCGCUAGACUUCACUUUCUUCACCAGUAAAAUUGAAAUCAUGAUAAUACCGACUCUAUAGGUUGUUUCUUCAAAGAACACUGGGCCAGAAAUGAAUCCAGUGUUGUGAAUAUUUUGCCAUGUACUAUAAAUUUCUAAUUUCAUAAAACAUCAAAGUUUCAAUGGGGGAAAAACUCUUCUUUAUGUUCACUAGUGACCUACUGUUCCUUUGCAAUCUUCCAAUAUUGUUGAAUAGGAUCCUGAAACAAAUUCACUGUAGAGAAUCUGAUGGCUAUUAUUGACUUUGGGCGUCCUGACACUGCUGAAGCAACCUUGGGUUCUGAAUAUGUUGUAUCUACAAAGUGCUUUCUACAGGUUGGACAAGACUAAAUUAAAAAAAAAAUGAGUGUGACUGCCUUUACUCAUAUGCUGUAAGUUCAUCCAAUAGGAUCUCUUAAGGGCAAAGGUGCUCACUACUCCAAGCCUUAUAAAGCUAUCUCUGUAACAGAAUUGCUAGUCUGUUCUUCUCCUUAGACCACUUAAUUCUUAGCUGCAGGCCAAAGGUAACUGAAUAGUGUGGUGAAUAUCAAGCUUCUUGGGGAAACCAACUCAUGCACUCACCUCAAUGGAAAAUAUUCUUCUAUACCAUAAAAGCUUCAAUUGAACUAUUUGACAAUCCUUGCUGAAAACGGUGCUGACUUCCUAUAAAAUGUAAAUCUACACAUUCUGACACUUAAGUUGAUUCCCUUAUGAUCUUUCUUGAUGGUCAAGGAGGAACCUCCACCCCAGCAAUCUGCCAUUUCUAUUCAGAUUCUCUUGAUUAAAUGGCAGAGUAGGUAACUAGAGGCCUUGAAUUCAGCUUUGCAGCUGCCAUGGCUAAUUAAAUGGUUAAGUGCUGGAUUUGUAGCUAUGAUUAAUACCAUCAGGGUUUUUAUGUUCUUAGUGUUCAUAAAUUAUGACUGAACAAUGAAAGUUUUAUUCGGGUUAUAGGAUUUUUCUUCUUAAAGGAUCAGAAUUAAUCAGUAUUUUCUCAAUUGAUUUUAAAUAUAAAUCAGAGGUGGCUUGAGUAAAUUAUAUGGCUUAAGUAUUAAGAGAAUGAUCCCAGAGAAAGGACAUAAUGAAAACCAAGCCACCUUCUUAGUGUGGUUUUGAGGGUCGCAUGGCUUUUCAUACUGAAUGCAAAUCAAGACAGUUAAUCAAUUUCUGUAAAAAUUAGUUCUGGAGCCUUUUGUUCCUGAAGUAGAAGUCUUCUGAGUGACCUAACUAGGAAAGAUUCUUAGGUACCUAAUAAAUAUGUCAGGUCAUGUUAUAGACUACAAUUGCUACUCUUUUUUGUCCCUGCAUUUUCAGGAUGACAUUGACAAAAUCUCCUUAAAUUGCAUUUUUUCUUCCUGCUUGAAGUUAAGUGGUAAGAACCUAUUAUAAUGGCUUUUCUCUAAGCCACUCAUUUGUAUUUCUAUCCAGUUGGUUUUGAGAGAAGAUCUUGGACAUAAUUAGAGACACACCAUACAAUGUGCUACUUGCUAUUCUUUCUGUCUUCUAACUACACCCCCCCCAUGUCUUAUUUGGUGAGUGAGUAGGUCCCAGUGUUGCUUCACCCUGAUACCCUUGAAUCUUAUCCCCUUCCCUCUCUUAGAGCUCAUUAUCAGUCCUUGACUGUAGCUAGCUAUAGAGAGGUUUUGAUGAACUUUUAGGAGAGAAAUAGCAGCAGAGGAAGAGAGGGCGAGAGGGAAAGAGGGAAGGAAAUGGAGAGGGAGGAAGAGAAGGAGAGAGGGAACUGGCAAGUUGCUGUGAUCGUGUUUAUCUUUAAUGAAAGAAGGGUGUUUGAAAUCUUUCAUUUUCAGGGUUGCAGAAAGACAGCCAAUUGCUUCCUGCUCAAAAGGUUCUGUGACUGUUACCGACUAGGCUGUCUCAACUCUCUUGUUUCUGCUCAUCACAGUCACAUCUGUUUGGAUUUCUGUUCCCCCCCCCCCCCCGGGAAGCCUCUGGAGAGCAGGUUCCCUCAGCUUCUCACAGCUCAUCUGAGGCCUGCCAAAAACACUGACAGAGAAGGAUCAGCAUUCUAUGCUCUGAUAAUUCCCAUAAAUCUUAGAAAACAGUGCUACAAACCUGGCUCCAAAUGAACUCACAAAGAGGGGGACUUGAAAGAGUUAAGCAUUUCUCUUUGGGAUUCCAGGGAUAGUUUAUGUUUUGGUGAUAUAGGAAGGGACAAGUGGCAGGUAUUAGAAGAUAAGGCAGCUGGAGGAACAGGGUUGUUCACAAAAUGAAGUCAAGACUGUCAGACCUAAAAAGCCUUGUAAGGUGCAUCUCAUCCAGGCAUUUUCAAACAUUCUGGUUUUAGUAGUUGAAUUUUUAUGUUUAUUUUAAAAAGAAAUCCCACAAUGAGCUGUACUGCACAGAAUAGAUGGAAGUAGAGGUGCCAUGUUUAAAACAUUGUCAAGGGAAUUUACAGGCUGCUACUUUUAGGAAGCGAAGACUCCAGCUUGGAAGUGACUGACAUUGACCAAGAUACUCCUUUCAACAGGAAGAAUAUCAUACCCACAAAACUCACAUGGCCAGUUAAUAUAGGAGAUACAAAACAAAACAAAACAUAUCUCCUGACUAGUCGGGUGCCAGGAUAGAGUUCUUUAGGAAUGGAAAUAGAGAAAAGUGCUAAGAAUGUAUAUUUUUCGUAAUAUGAUCAAGGCAUGAGCUUGGUGGGUACCAUGAGGAACAGGAGGUCUGUGGGAAACAAAGAAAAAUAGACUCACACAGUCCAGAAGAGUUCAAACUAUGAAUCUGGAGGGUAUCCAAAAAUCCCAUAGCAGAACUGCUACUGAUAAAGCAAGCCAGGAGAAAGGGUGUUUUGGAAGCAGGUGUCAAAAGAGAGUUCUUAUUCUUCCUCCCACUCAAAUGCCAUUCUACUGGUCUGAGAUGGCAGUGGAGAGAAAAUAAAAGACAAAUAGGCUUUUCUAGGACAUAUUGCAAUUCUGGCUUUCAUUUUGCCCUCCUCAGAUACAUAGCACUUUGAGGAUUUGAAAAAUGAUAUUCAUGCUUUUCUUUAAGUUACUAAGCACCUGGGGAAUAGAAAUGAGUGGUAGGAAACCAUAAAAAGCAUGCUUUAUUUAUAGUUAAGCCAAUUGGAUAAUGUGAUUUAGAGGGACCCGUUUGUUCCAUGUAUAUAUAUACGUGCAUGUCUGCGUAUGCAUGUGUGGCUGCAUGUGUUUGAGUGUGUAUUAGUGUGUGUCUCUGUAAUAUGCUGAGGAGGGUGCCCACAGGGGCCAGAAGACUGUUCGGACCUCAACGAGCAGCCUGACAUGAGUACAUAGUACCAAACUUGAGUCUGAUACAAUAACAGCAAAUGCUAUUACCCACUGAGCCAUCUCUCCAUCCCCCACAGAUAUCUUUCUUUAUGUUCUGGAUUGAACUUGACUGUGAGUCACAGACAUCUUAGUGGAGGAAAGAGAGAGAAGAAUGCAUGUGGUCUACAGUCAGACAGAAUACAUUAAGUUAGAGACAUCUUAAUCCAGUCUCAUCAAUCUCACAUCAGAUAUUUUCUCAUAGAAAUGAGAGAAUGAGGUGGAGAAUAUAAAGAAGUAGAAGGAACUUUUGGAUGCCAACAAGGACUAUGUCUUAUUUAUUCUAUUAUCCCUGUUUGGGAAUUAGCAAGAUUGAUGGGGGAAGGUUGAUCAAUGUGUAAGUAACAGUUAGGUGGGAGGAAAACGUUCCGAUGUGCUAUCGCACAGAAAGAUGACUAUACACAAUAAUGGACUGUAUAUUUCAAAACUUGAAGAUUUUCAUGGUAAAUAGUAUUUGACCAGGUGUUUUUAACAUAAAACAUUACACAAUAUACAUGCUUUAAGAGACUGUGGUACUUCCGUUGUAAGUUUAAUUUUUUUUUAUAUUUUAUGCAAUAGCUAAAAAUAAAGUUUAGAGAAAUAACUGAGAAGAAACGAAUUUGAGCAGGAAAGGUAUUUGCAAAUACCCAUGGACUCAAGUUGUCAGUGUUGGCCCAGUGGACCCAUGUGCUCAUGCCAGAGAGUUCAAUUCGCAGUCAAAACACAAACAAGUUGAUGGUACAUAAGGACUAGGAGAGCAGAUGAUGUUUGCGUACUUGUACUUUGUAAUGGUAAUUGCCCCUCUUGGCUGUAUAUGCUCAAGUCUUCUUCUAUGAGUCUGUUUACUGACAGUAUCUAACCAAGAGAAGACAAUAAAUCCACAGGCACUCUAAAAAUAUUCCGGGGUUAUUUAAGCAAAUGGUAAAUAGUUCUCCUGGAGAAAUGGAUGAAAAACUAUGUAGGAAAGCCCUUUUCAUUUCCUUGUAAUAUUUCCUAAUCCUUUGCCAAGUCUGUUCCUUUUCUAAAUAAAACCUUUGUCCUUGUUUAGCGUUUUCAUAUACUGGACCUGGAAUUCCAAAAGCAAUAUGAGUUGAAGAACAGGGGCCCUUGAAUAAGGUACCAGAGUAAAUUCAUUCCAAAUCCCAAAUAUCUGGUCCUGGUCAAAGUUUCUUCUGAUCUAGCUUACGAUGAAAUACUUCCCUUCCUAGUUCCUGAAAUUUAACCAAUUGUUCUUUCUGAGUGGAGACAUCUCUUCUUCCAUCUGGAAUCAAUACCAACCACGCAUUCAUCAAUAAUUUUCAAUGGAUUUUGACUGAUGUUGUCUAUAUGACAAGGAAAUGGGAAUACAGUGAACAAGAGGAGCUCCAACUGUGCAGGCAUUCCAGACACAGUGGGAGCAAACCAGGGGUCUUCGCUCCAUGAAUUAAGCUGAUGUUUUCUUUGCUUUCUCAGAGACUCUGGAUAAGUUAAGCAUUGGUUUUGCAUUUUAGUUUAUUUUGAAAUGACCUGGGAAAGAGGAGAGGGUCCAGUACAAAAAGCGUAGAGCCCUAGUAGAGCUUUCUAUUUAGCCUUGGAGAUUAAAACAAAACAGCAAAAUAAUAGCAUCUAAAGGUACAGAGGUGGACGGACUAAUGAUCUCAUUAAUGCAUUUACAAGGACUGAGAGAAAGAACCUAUUAGUACAAAUUAGCUAGUAAAAGGCCAAGCUGAUUCCAGAAUUGGGGGUUAUAGAUGAAUCUUUUUGGUUUUGAGGAAGAAGUAAAAGAAGGAAGCAGGAAAUGGGGGAUGGAGCAGAGCUGAAAUGAAGAUCUGGGCUAUGCUCUUUUCCCCCAAUAUUGCCCGUGGUACACGUCCAGGCUCACUGCGUGGCUCCCAAAUGGCCAGAUGAGGGGGCGACGAGGAGAAAAAAAAAACAAAACAAAAAAAAACAACGAGGCUUGGCCAGUACACUUCAGCACGAAAGGAAAAGUCAGCAGAAACCACUGGGUGGCAGCGUGGUGUGCUGGAGCAGCUCUGCAGUGCCUGCUGCUGCCGCUAUAGUGGGGGCUGAACCCGUCUGUGUGCCCUGGCCUCCUCUCCUGAAGGGCUACAAGUGUCGCCAUGCAAAAUAUCUCCGCAGAGCCUCAGCUUAAGGGUAUAGUUACCAAACUAUACAGCCGACAAGGCUACCACUUGCAACUGCAGGCAGAUGGAACCAUUGAUGGCACCAAAGACGAGGACAGCACUUACACUCUGUUUAACCUCAUCCCUGUGGGUCUUCGGGUGGUGGCUAUUCAAGGAGUUCAAACCAAGCUGUAUUUGGCAAUGAACAGCGAGGGAUACUUGUACACCUCGGAACAUUUCACACCUGAGUGCAAAUUCAAAGAAUCAGUGUUUGAAAAUUAUUACGUGACAUACUCAUCAAUGAUCUACCGUCAGCAGCAAUCCGGCCGAGGGUGGUAUCUAGGUCUGAACAAAGAAGGAGAGAUCAUGAAAGGCAACCAUGUGAAGAAGAACAAGCCUGCAGCACAUUUUCUGCCCAAACCACUGAAAGUGGCCAUGUACAAGGAGCCAUCUCUGCACGAUCUCACGGAGUUCUCCCGAUCUGGAAGUGGGACCCCGACCAAGAGCAGAAGCGUCUCUGGUGUACUGAAUGGAGGCAAAUCCAUGAGCCACAACGAAUCAACGUAGCCAGUGAGGGCAAAACGAGGGCUCUAUAACAGAACCUUACCUUCAGGUGCUGUUGAAUUCUUCUAGCAGUCCUUCAUCCAAAAGUUCAAACUUAUCAGUGAGGUUUACCAAACACACAGGCAGACUUCCCUAUUCUCUCUGCCGUUAUACCUUGUUAUCACCCAUAUUAAAGCCCCAUAAUUUAUUCUGAGCUUGUGCAAAAGAGUGCCAAGCAUUAUCAAUGAACUAAACCUGGAAGAAGGACUGCCAAAUUUUCUCAUGAUCUCACCUGUACUUUGGGGAUAAAUAAAACAGCAAAAAUAUUUAACAGCACAAAUGCUGGUCAAUUUGCUUCCCAAUUAAGAAAAAUUAAAAGACCACAGCUAUUCUUAACAAAGCAAAACAACAAAACAAAGUUAACUGCUUAAAUGUUUUGUAGGGGCAAACAAAUUCUGUGAACUGUGCUGUUUUCUUGGCUUCGUGUUUUCUAUCUCUGCUUGAUUCAAAUGUACUCUUUACUUUCAUAUAGUGCAACUUUAUGAUUUUUGAAAAUUAAUGGUUCUAUUGACUCUGUCACUUAAUCCAUAUUAACCAAAGGCAGGGUUGAAUCUGAAUUGGCAUCUGAGGUUCAAGGUAACCGUGUUCUUAUGGGUUUUCCUCUCUCGCACCCUCUCCUUUCCACCCUCCCUCUUUCUCUCUCUCUCUCUCUCUUUCUCUCUCUCUCUCUCUCUUUCUCUCUCUCUCUCUCUCUCUCUCUCUCUCUCUCUCUCUCUCUCUCUCUCUCUCUCCUUUUUUGUUGUCAAUUAGAACUGUAGCAUUCUGGUCAAGUUCUUGUGCUGUACUUUGUGCGUAGAAAUUGAGUUGUAUCGUCAAUCCCAGUCAGUAAGAUAAGUUGAAACAAGAUUAUCCUCAAGUGUAGAUUUCUCUUAAUUCCAUUCGUGUAUCAUGUUAAUCUAUUGUGGCUUCUUGUGUAAAGACAGGAACUGUGGAACAGUGGCAUUGUCUUUCGUGUUGUUCAAAUAAGAAGUGUCUCACCUGUACAUGUACAAGUCCUCCUGUCAUUGGAUUUGGCACGUGAACAUUGUGAACAAGGCAAUGUUAAGAAUGGUUCCCCCUAAACAACAUAUAUUAUACCUGCUACUGGAAAAGUGUUUAAGACUUAGCUAGGUUUCCAUUUAGAUCUUCAUAUCUGUUGCAUGGAAGAAAGUUGGAAUCUUGGCAUAGAGUUGCAUGAUAUGUAAGAUUUUGUGCAUUAAUAAUUGUUAAAACCUGUGUUCCAAAAGUGGACAUAGCAUGUACAGGCAGUUUUCUGCCCUGUGCACAAAAAGUUAAAAAAAAAGUUGUUUAAUAUUUGUUGUUGUAUACCCAAAUACGCACCGAAUAAACUCUUUAUAUUCAUUCAAAGAAAAGGAAAA